AUGCGCCUCCGAGCUAUCUCUAACUUCGCUUCCGCUUCUGCCUCUGCUUCCGAGACGGAGCCGGAGUCGGAGUCCGACUCCCAGAACCACCCAGGUAACCGUAACCACUUAACUUCCCGUGCGGGGCCCGAUUUUUCCUCCAGGCUUUCUGAUGAGUUAUUGUUGAAUGUGUUCUCUAAGCUCCCCAAAAGUCAGCUCGUUUCUAACUCGUUGGUUUGUAAAAGAUGGUGUAGGCUAAGUGGGAAAUUAGUCCGGGCAGUAAAGGUUUUGGAUUGGGAGUUCAUUCAAUCGGGUCGGGUUAGUUAUCGGUUCCCUAAUUUAAUUGAUGUUGACAUUGUCCAGGCUGGUGUCAAGUCUUGCCGCAACUCUGGGAUUCUGUUGAGUAGUAAAUUUGUGUCUGUUCGUUUAGAUUCUUGUAAGUUUCCUAGGGAAAGUUUUGUCAAAAAAGAGGAAUUUUUGGAUUCCCAAGUGAUUGAUAAAGGGGUAAGGACACUGGCCGAAGGAUGUUGUAAUUUGAAAAGAGUUUCCCUAAUCAAUGUUAGUGAGCUAGGGUUGCGUAGCAUAGCGGAGGAGUGUGAAAUGUUGCAGGAAAUGGAGUUACAUUGCUGUGAUGAUUUUGCUUUGAAAGGGGUUUCUGGCUGUAGGAAUUUGCAGAUACUGAGACUAGUUGGUUGUGUUCCUGGUGUUUACAGUUCCUUGAUUUCAGAUAUUGGAUUGACCAUCUUAGCUCAAGGAUGCAGACGGCUGCUUACACUUGAACUGGUGGGCUGUGAAGGGAGUUAUGAUGGCAUUAAGGCGAUAGGGCAGUGUUGUCAAAUGUUAGAAGAGUUAACCUUAUGUGAUCACAGGAUGGAAGGCGGUUGGUUGUCGGCAUUGUCAUAUUGUGGAAAUCUGAAGACACUGAAGCUUCAGUCUUGCAAGAGUAUUGAUGUUAGUCCAGGACCCGAUGAGCAUUUGGGGUUUUGUCCUACUCUUGAAGAGUUACAUUUGCAGAGAUGUCAGUUGAGGGAUAAGCAGGGUGUAAGAGCUUUGUUUUUGGUUUGUGGAGCUGUUAGGGAGCUUGUUUUUGAAGAUUGUUGGGGGUUGGAUAACAAUACAUUUGCUGCAACCAGUAUUUGUAGGAGUAUAAGAUUUCUCUCUUUGGAAGGAUGCUCGUUACUAACGAUAGAAGGUUUAGAGUCGAUAAUACUCUCUUGGAAGCAUCUAAUUAGGCUCAAAGUAGUUUCUUGUAACAACAUUAAGGAGAGUGAUAUCACACCAGAGCUCGCCACUCUAUUCGCUGAUCUUAAAGAGUUGAAAUGGAGUCCUGACUCAAAGUCUCUCUUGUCAUCAGGUCUUGCAGAGACAGGAGUUGGGCAGAAAGGCGGUAGAUCUUUCAGGUUAUAA